GAGCCUAUCUGGCUGCAGUCUGGCAUCACUGUUCGCGCUUAUUACGCGGCAACUGCGUGUACAAUUGCAAACGUCACUAACUGGCCACAACAUAUCUAUAUAUAGUUCCAUCACAUCAAAUUUUUUAACAAUAACAUACUGCUGAUGUUUUCUGAUACUUUGAGGAUGUAGUAUAGGCAAUUGUUAAAAAAUGAGUGACAAAAAUGAUGAUCUAGAAAAUGAAUCAAUUCUGUAUGAAGUUUUGGAGUAUUUUGUGAGAAAGCAAGAGCCAGAAUUGACGAAAUUCAAGAAUGACACCGUAGCUCUGCCAACUCCAGGAACUAUAAAAAAUGCACUGCGAUACCUUAAUAACAGAUAUUCUUUGCCAGAGAGUAUCUCACAACAGGUCAGUUAUACAUUACCAUGGAAGUUUGCAAUAGGAGAUAGGGGACGUAUUCUUGCUAUUCUUCAAGAAAAUAUCAUUGAGAUCAGAAAGUCAAAGGAUGAAUAUUCAUCGAUUGUUGGAAAAGCAUCUGUUCCAAAAGAUGCCUUUCCACAAUGGCGUAAGCUUGCGUGGAGUCCAGAUGGAUCAAUUUUAGCUCUAUCAUCCAGCAAUGGCUAUGUAUCAUUUUACAAUUCAUUUGGAAACAACAUUUUUAAUAUAAGUCCUAAAUCGGUUUCUCAAAAUCCACAUAUUUUAGAAGCAGGUGAUGCCACUGCUUCUAUGAUAUUUAAAAAACCAAGAGUGAAAAGUGAAACUUGGGACUAUGAGUUCAUUAGAGUCACAUAUAGUGGCUUGCUCAAGUCUUAUUGUAUUUCUGCAAACAAAUUCAGUGAAAAUCAUGAGUUUUCAUUUGGAAACUUUUACAGAGAUGGUGUUAAUUCCGUUUCAUACAGUGAAAAGCACAACUUAUUCUUUGUUGCUGGUAAUAGUGUUACCCAAACUUUAACUUGCAUAGCUUCAGAAAUUGGCUUGACCUGUUGGCGUACUCUAAAUGAUCAUCCUUACUACAAGUUGUCAGUCUCUUCACAAGAUAUUGAAAUUUAUAAAUCUAGUUUCUCCAUAUGGAAUUUCAUUCCAGUUAUAAAAAAUCGGACCCAAUCUUUAAUAUUCAAAACUAGUAUUUCUCCAAAUGAUAAACUAAUAUCAUGUCUUCAUACUGAUGGUACAAUCUCAAUUUGGAGUGCACCAACAUUAAAAUUGCAAAAGCAGUGGAAACUUUUCGAGCAGCCAAAUUACAAUGCAAUCAAUCCAAUAAAAACUAUGAGAUUUAAAAAGUCAUUGAACAACGUUUCAGAGUAUCAACCUUUGGAUGUAGGCUGGUGGUCAGAUAAUGCUGUUAUUAUUGCAAGAUAUUCAGGCUCUGUUUCUGUUUGUUCAAUUCAUACUUUAAAAAAUUUGUUAGGCACAAGUCCAGAAUUUCUGUAUAGUCAUCCACAAAUAGCAGAAUUAGGUGAAUCAAAAGGCUUUUUGUGUUUGGAUUGUGAGGUUGUUGUUACAAGCACAAAGAGAAAUAGAGAUUCUAAUGGUGAAAGUCCUGUUUCAGAGCUUUCAUCAGACAGUGAAAGGGAUGAUGAUGAAUCCAAACCAGCUACUCUUCUAAAUUACACCACAAACUUGAUGCAAAGUGCUCUAUAUUCCAUAACAGAUAUAGAAAAAUUCCAACCAAAAAGAAAAAAGUCGAGAGUCUUCCACAGAACGUAUAGGCUCAUUGGCCUUAAAAGUACCACACCAGAAGAAUUAUAUUCCAGAAAAAUUGAGAUAGAGGAAUAUGAAGAAGCAUUAAAUUUAGCUAAAACUUACAAUUUAGAUCCAGAUUUAGUCUAUCAAACACAAUGGAGAAAAUCUGAGUUUUCAGUGAAUGCUAUACAAGAGCACUUGAGCAAAGUUAGCAAAAGAUCAUGGGUUCUAAAUGAAUGCGUAUCUAGAGUACCUGAAACAUUAGAAGCUACAAGAGAAUUGCUCAACUUUGGACUUCGGGGGGCUAACUUGGAAACUUUAGUUGCUUUAGGCAUCGAAGAUAAUGGAAAAUUUACUCCUGCUGAAGAUAAUGAGGAUGACGACGUUAAUUCAGAUGAAAACAGUCAACAAUUAAAAAAAGUUCAAAAAAUUAAUCAAAAAAUUGAUGCCGCUACUAAAAAUAGUUUAAAUAAAUCACAAAAGGAAUUAAUAAAAUAUCGAAAAAAACUUCUUGAUCAUUUGGAUAAAUUACAAACGUAUGAAAUCUUGUUAGAAUCACCAUCUAAGUUUGACAAGAAAUUUUAUGAAGAAUUUAGACAAUUGUCACCCCUUGAAAAUGCUGUCAAAUUUGCUAAAAGUGGAAAUUGUCAAGGAGUAGAAGUAAUGUUUACAUACUAUGGAGCAAAACUAAUACCUCAUUGGUUAACAGUGAUUAGUUUCUUCCCUGAAACUUUGAGCCCAGAGAAAUAUCAGAAACUAUUACCAGAGUGUGAUAUCGAGGGUCGCUUAUUUUUGCUGUUUCAGCAAGAAUUACGACAAAAAGAUUGGGUGGAAAGAAGUAUAUUUUCUGAAAUUAUAAGUUUAGAAAGCAACGAUGACGAUAUAGAAUUUAUUUAUACAGAAAAGACAUCACUGUUAGCUUACAGGAACAAAGAACUUACUCAGGAUUUGUUACAAAAAUGGUAUAUUGAUCGUGCGUAUGAAAUUGAACGCGAUAGCCGUUUGGUGGACAAUGCAUUGGCUUUAAUAAAUAUUGGAAAGUCCCACAAUAUUGAUGGUCUAGAAAAGUUGUUAUUCGAAUUAGAAACGCUAGACGACCUUGUAUAUAAAGUUGGCUUCGAAGACUUGUCUCUGACUAAAGUUGAGAAGUUAAGCGAUCUUGAAAAGAUCAAACUUCUGAUGACAAAGUCAGAUGAGAAAAAUUUUGUAAAUAUUGUAAAAAGCAUGUUAUUACCCUACUCUAGACGCAGAAGACGAUAUAUUAAUGAAACUCUGGAAAAAGAUUUACUUUAUGAUUAUUUAGUACAUUUAAGUAAAGACGAUUUAGCGCUUCCAGUAAAGUUUUUUGAAUCAUUGAAAGUUUCAUUUGAUCCCGAAAUACUUGAUACCAUUGAAAAUGUGAGUGCUUUAGCUUUAGACUGCAUUUACGCAUGUACAGAUGUAGAAAUGUAUCCAAAAGCAAAAGCUAUUUUUGAUGCUGCGGUAGUACACUCAAGUGGACGGGAAGAUAGUAGCAAAAAAUACAAAGAACUGGAAAAGGAAUUAAAAUGUCUGCAAAUGCUUAAUAAGUAUGAAGUUAAAAUUCCUCUGAAUGAAGUAAGACAGAGCAAACAAAAUUCUUUGGAGGCUAAAGCUCUUUUAGUCCAAAUGAGUGAAAAUCUAAUAAACAUAUAUCCUAUGCCUAAUGAGAAAAAUUGGUCUCAGCUCUUGAAUGACAUGCUUGAUCUUCAAGAACAAAUUUUUUCGUGUUUGGACAUUGAAACUUGUUUUGAAAUAUCUAUGGUUGCAAGAUUGAAAUCUCGAUCAAAAACUGCUAUUCAAGGAUGUACUAAUUUGAUGGAAAUGAAGAAAACUGGACGAUCUCAUUUAAAAGUUUCUUAUGAAAGAGCAAUCGAUUUUAUUUUAGAAGAAAGUAAUAACUAUUUCAAUAAUUCGAAGAGUCUUACAGAUCCAGAUAUGGAACUUGCAAAAGAAUGUCUACAAUUAAUAACUGACAAUGAUGAACGUGUCAAAGAAGAAUAUGAUUUGAUAGAGUCACUACAAAUUCUACAUGAAUUUCACAUAAACAUAUUACCUCUUCAAGUCAGAAUGACCCAAGAUAGAAUAAAGCUUAUUGAAGAUUGUUUAAAUAGUCGAAAUGAUGCUUAUAAAAGUAAACAAAAACUCAUUAAUUUAUCGAAAUAUUUGAGGAUAGAGCGAAAAAACAAUAAACUCAGAGAAGCUAAAGUUUUAAAUUUAAUAGCAAAGAAAGCGUUUGAAAAGAAAGAUUAUAAUUUUUCUUCUUCAACUGUACAGCAAAUGAUGAAAAAUCAUUACCAAUCUGCUUGGAGUAUAGCAUUGGAUUUAGCAUACUGUGAUGAUUAUAAUGAUUUGCCAAUUCGAUGGAACUGUAUAUGGUUUGCAAUUAAUAAUGGAUCAAGUGAUAUAUUAGAAAACGCUAUGAAACGAGCUAAUCUGUUGAAAGUGCAAAUUUUAAAUUCUGAUUUGAAAAAGUGGAUGCCUUCAGAAGUUGAAAAUUCGGAAGGAGAAGACAACACUGACAGUGAUUUCACUGAUGUAUUUAGUACGCCUCUAUCAGAAAACAAAGAGUUUGUUCCUAAAAUUGUUCAAACUUCUACAGAAUUAGUUAAAAGUUCUGCUCAAAUAGUAAAGCAAUCUACUUUUGAUUUGAUAAAAAGCGCUGGAAACAAAAACUUUUGGACGUCAAAAUUAAAUUUUAAUUUUGCUGGUACUGCACACAAAGUUACGGAAAAUGAAAUCAUCGAAAAAAAGAAGCAAGGACCUUUACAGAAAUUUCCUUGUUUUUAUGAAACAUUACACGAAAAUUGUGGUGUAAGCGAUUUAGAUACAAAAUAUUCAAAAUAUUCUCAAGAUGAUUACAAUGCCAAAUUAAAACUUAGUCAAACUCUAUUGCGAAUUCUAUUGUUAAGUGAGACUGCAUCUUACGGAGCAGAAGUUAGCGAUGUUAAUCACUUGCUUCUAGAAUGUGCAGAACAUACUAUUAUAGAAGAUUGUACUAUGGGCCUAAGUUACUUAUUAAAUUUACCAGAUGAUUAUUUACCCAGCAUUACAGAAUUUUUUGAAAAUUUACCAAAAAACGAACUUUAUUCCCAAAUUUUAGCCUAUUUUUGUGCAGUUAAACUUUACUCAAAGAUGUUUCCUGAAUCUGACAAAGUAUUUUCAUAUGCUCCAGUUGAAUUGAUUCGUCAUAUGUCGAGUAUAACAAAUUCUAGCAAUAAUGAAGAUGAAGUAAAAUUAAAGAAACAGAUCAAUUCAUUGAUACAAAAGAAAGAAAAAAUAGAUGAUAGAUGUGAAUCAAGUAUUGAAAAUAAGGAACUUGAGGAAAAACGUUUUGUAUCUAAAGAUAUUGAAGAUUCUGAAAAGAAAAAGUCGCCUCUAGAUUAUGUCCCUCCUUCAGAGGAAAUUGACAACUGGGAUGAUAAUUGGGGUAAUGAUACUAGUUUAAAUGCAACAGAGUUUGAAGAAAAAUCUAACGAUAAUAAAGAAGAAAUAAAAACAAAGUCAAUGCUAGAUUACGUUCCUGCUAACGAAGAAAUGAAUGGGUGGAAUAACGAUUGGGUUAACGAAUCAACUGAAAAUGCAAACGGAUUCGAAGAAAACUCUAGCGAUAAGAAAACAGCAACGAACGAGAACUUGACUUUAGAUUAUAUUCUUUCACCUGAAGAAACGAAUGAUUGGGGUGAUUGGGGAGAUACAAGUAAAGAUGAAAUAGGAUUAGAAAAAAAUUCUAAUGAUACAGGAUCAGAGAUAAAACAGAAGUCGGCAUUAGAAUACGUUCCUUCAGCUGAUGAUACAAGUGGUUGGGAUAAUAAUUGGGAAGAUGAAACGUUAAAUGAACAUUUAGUAGAAUUAGAAGAUCGUCCUAGUAAUACUAACAAUAAGUCAGAAACUGAAGGGCUAUCAACGUUGGAUUAUGUUCCUCCAGCUAAAGAGAAAGAUGAAUGGAAUAAUUGGGAAGAAGAGUGGCCUGACAUUCCUGAGUCUGUAAAUGAUAAUGUUGAGAGACCCGAUUCUGCGAACAUGAACACUGAAGAAAUUGCUAGUUCUUCAGAGUUGUCAAUAGAACAACGCUAUGAAAUUUGUAAAGAAAACGUUUUAAACAUUCAGACUAUAGAUGACUGCAAAAAGUUCAAAGACAUGUUGCUACAGUGUCCAGAUAUUAAUAAUUUAAGUUUUGAUGAUGAUUCAGAAUCCAACUUAGCUUUGAGCAUGAUCAUCAAAAUGGCAAAUAUAUGCGCAACUAGUAGUAAUAGUAAUGAUACAGUUUUUCAUGAGAUCAAAGACUUCUUGUGUGAGGAAUUGAUACCUCGUGAUGUAUUUGUUAAAUUUCUUGAAGACAAAAGGGAUUCCUUCUCUCUAGAACAAUAUAUUUAUUUGCAGUUGUGCUCUAAAGAAUCAUCGCUUCAAAUAAAGGCAAUUAAUUGCAUUAAAGAUAAUUAUAAAACGUUAAAUUUGAACUCUGCAAUACUGGAAGAAAUCUUUUUCAAUAAUCUUACUUCGUCGUUUAGCGUAAGCCACGAACUCUACUAUCGCAUCAUAGAAGAAGUUUUCCUGAAUCGUACUUUACCCGAAAUCGAAGAGAACGUUAAAUUGUUGAUUAAAAAUCUAGUUGAACAAAGAAAUGUACCUCACGCGAUUGCUUUGUUGAAUCAAUUGGAGGCGAUACCUUCAUCUUUAAGCACUUACGAAAAUUGUUUUAAGCUUUUGUUACGAAAAUAAUUUUGCUGUAAUCUUCAAGAUUGUCGAACGAUUUGAAGAAGUCCGGUUAUACAAAUAUAUACGAUUGUUGUAAUUUUU